GAGGCGGUGUUGCCGCCGAAAGAUGGCGGCUUCCGAGAGGCGGGGUGUGUUGCUAUUUACCUCAUAAACGGACGAAUUUCCAGGGGUUUCAUCGUGCUCGCGGAAGACCCUGACAUAUUUCAAGUCAUAUUGCAUAAAAUAAGGAGUAUCUGUGCCUUUGUCGCGAGGCCAGUCAAUCGGAGGACGAGAGCACACGUGCUUUGACAUCUGCGGCUCCCUGUUAUGAAGAUGGAAGAUUAUGAAGAAUUCUGCAUGAAGCACUUGUCUCAUUUCCAAGGCGAAGGAAGGCCACAUUCCCCUGAUGCCUACCAGCAGGCACGACUGUCCCUCAUCCAGUUCCAUGGAAUGGCGGUCCUAGCACCCGUGUUGACCUCCGACCAGCGCCAGGAAAUGACCCAGUACAGGCAACGUGCUGUGGAGCUCGAAAUGGAGAGACAGGGAGUACGACGGAGUACGCUGUUGACUAGGGUUCAAAAGAUCCUCGACAGCGUGCAGGUCCGAAAAGGACCAAAAUCAGGAAAACAAGACUCCACUCCAGUUAGCUGCUCUUCAAAGUGCGAAACAAAGAAUGGCUUCACCCUCCUUCCUGAUAUGAACGGGCUGCCCAUAUCAAAAGUGGCUAGUGGAAGUUCUAGGACGUCUAAUGUGGAGCACACUGCUGAACAGCAGCUUCAUUCUGCUGCAACGUAUGCCGAGAAGAAGUAUCCCCUCACUGAAACUUCCUGCCAAAGGCUGGAGCAGACAGAGGAUGUAAAGAAUACUGGUGUGAGCCUCCACAGCUUGCUAAGAAAGUCUCGGGAAUAUGUAGAAUUGGAACAGGGCCGUUGGGAGAGCCGGGCUGUCCAGAAGUCGAUUCACGGUGAAAGCCUUUCAGAUAAGGAGAAUGAGAAUAGCAGUGCAACUGAGGACCCACAUGAAAAGAACUUGUUCUUUAUUCGUAAUAUGAACCAUGGCUAUGUCCCUGCUGGGCAAGAUUCCCGGACCUCUUCCUUUCCUGGAAUGUCUGCCAUUCAUAAUCGAAGAGGAUCUGAUUCUGAUAGCUCAGAGUUGAUUUCUAUUCUGCCCCGUAGCCUCACUGGCUCCUAUGCACGUCUGCCAAGUCCGGAGCCUAGUUUGAGCCCCAGGAUGCACCGCAGGCGGCCACGACCUCUGUCUGCAGGGAAUAUUGUCUUAACACAUCCAUUAAGUUGUACUGAACUUAGCCCGGCACCAGACAGAAUGCUGAAGAUACAACAAGGGGAGAGUCCUGUGCCUUCACAAUCCAGGCCUACAGUGCCGACUCCAGUGAGAGAAGCUGAGCUCACUGUGGCCCAGUCUACCAGCGAAGCAAUCAAAUUAAAGGCGGCUACCACGAGUAACAAGAGACACAGCAGCUUAGGUAUUGGCAUGUGGGAAGACGAGGCUAGCAGCUUUGCCAAUUUCCAAGAGACUGCAGGUUUCCGCCAGCGCUCGCACACAAUGGACAAUCAUGGCUCACUUGGCAGCCUCAAGAAUGGAAAACAGUCUUCCGGAAUUUAUGGAAGUCUGCCGAGAAGGUCUCAACCCCGACACUCCCCUGUCUUGCUCAAUAAAUCGUAUGAUGUAGAGAAUCCAUCACCCAUCCUUCUAAGGGCACAGCAAGGGUGCCCAGGAAUGAAAGAGGACCUGGACGCUACCAAGAGACAGCUAGACCUGGAUUCUCAAGGGAUGGUGGAUUGUGAGGAUCAGACAACCCAGGGCAACAAAGGAGAAGCAUUUGAGAGCGAGGUGAUAAUAAAGAGGCAGAUACUUGCUUUGGCAUCGGCAAGGCGUCGGAUGGAAGAGGAACAUGCAAUGCAGCUCUCGCUUCUGUUUGCUGAGCAGCAGAGAGAAAAAGAAAGGCUUGUGCAGGAAAUGGUAGAACAGGAAAGACACCUGAAAAAUGACAAGAGUGACUUAUCGGUUUCCAGUGAGAAGCACGAUGAACUUCCAGCAGACUGGAGAGCAAUUAGUGAGAGCUGUCCAAGUCGAAUGACCCUACUGCAAGAAGAGAUCCUGUCUGCCUGUAGCUCCGCUGGCAGUGGAUAUGUAGCCCAGCUGUGCCCUGGAUAUUCCUAUCCUGCCACUCAGUCACCUGCUCUACUUUAUGGGCCUCAUAGAGGCAGCAAGUCUUACCAUCACAUAUCUCAGGCCAUGAGCCCAGAGCUUCAUCACAGGUUUUGUAAGCUGACCGCUCUGGUAAAGGGCUUUCUAACUCGCAGAUUGUUGGAGACUGAAAAGGUUAAGCAUCUACGCAAGACAAUUAAGGAUACUUUGGAGUUCAUUGGCACAUUCCUGAAUGAAGCACCACAGAAGAGAGGAGCCAUUUCUGCUCAAGAUCUUUCUCUGCAGGAGAGGGUCCUGGCACAGUUACGGGCUGCACUCUUUGACAUACAUGACAUUUUCUUCUUGUUGCCACUCCAUGAGAGGCUUGGGCUGCUGCAGCAGGAUCGCCAACUGCGACAGGAAAGACGUCUGCGGGAACUGGAGAAAUCCAAGAAUGCACGGGAUAGAGUCACACUCUCAGCCGCCACCCAAAAAUUUCUUGACAGAAAGAAGCAAAUAAGAAGUACAGAAAUGCCUGCUCCAGCCAAGAAAGCCCAGCCAAAGGUAAAAAGCCCACCAACUAAUAGAAUACUUCAGCCAAACCAGGGGCAAAAUGCACCUCAACAGGGGCAAUUGUGUCGACAAGGAAGCUUGUGCAGGAAGACCCCUGAAGAGCGAGUAAAGCGUUCAGAAGGCAUCAGGAAGCAGCAUUCAUUGGGAUAAACGUUGAAAACGCAUUGCUCCACAUCAUUAUCUCACUCCCAAGAUAACUGGCCUUGACAUUUUGUGAAAUGGCAUCAUCCUAUUACAACAGCUAGAUCUGGUCGACUCUAAAAAUUAAACAAACAGAAAAGCGAGUCCUUAGCCCAGCAGAUGUGGCUUACCCAUUUGCCCUCCAGCCUAUGUGCCUCUGCAAGUGAACGAAAUGUUUGAGAGCCAACGCCACCCAGCAUUGCCAAAUAUUAGCCAAACAGAAACCCCCCAACUACCCUGAAGCGAUCCCAACUGUUUUCUGCUCACUCUUCUAGCAGCCCUGAAGAAUAUCAAGCUGAUGAAGCCUUUUCACGAAAAGCCACCGACGAGGCCGAACCUGAAGAUAUGCAGUACGGUACAGUAAGUACAAACGGGACAUGGACUCCGCUGUCACUUAAAGAAUGUUGCCACUCUACCUGAGCCUCAACUGCAGCUUAGAGAAGGGGGAAAUCUCAAAUCCAGCACUUGUGCCUGGGCUGCUCUGCACUGCCUUGUCUACAUGUCCCAGUUGCUGUUUCAUGCCUUACUGUGCAGAGUCCCUGGUGCCACCCGCUAAAAAAAAAAAACCCAGAAUGCAGUUGGAACAUCAACAGUAAGCCCUUACCCUGCUAUGGUGAACAGACUUGUCCUUCAUCGGCCUGUCAGAUCAAGCAGGUAUUCUCCAAAAAUGAAGUGCGAAAACCUGUGCUUACCGCUGUCCCCUUUCCGUUUUUAUGUUUUUCACCAAAUCGUCUGUUUUCCGAACUAAUGGAGAAUGUUGUCUGCUUUCUCCUGGUUAGUCACAGUCUGUCGGAUUCAUGUUUAUUACAGUGUAUGUGUGCCAUUUUUUUUACAUGCAAGUGAUUUUAUUAGAUAAUGUUACAAUGAUAGAGAUGUUUAUUUCCACGUUGAAAGGCCAACCUAAAGACACUGCAAGCAUUUUUGUUAUUUCAGAUGUGGUGCCUGAAGAAGGAGAUUUGAUUUUUUUUUUUUUUUGUCCUUAUAUGAGCUUGUAUAGAAUAUAAAUAAAACUACAAAACAACUACAACUCCAUUGCAUCCAUACUACCUAAGAAACACUGGCCAUCUAUUUAUGUGCAUUGAAAUACUGAAUGUAAGUACAGCCGGCCUCACUGGAAGGCGUCCCUUUAUCAGGCUGCCCCUUAAAUGUGUGGCCUCUUAACUCCUGUACACCUUUAGUCACGGCUUAGGGGACUCAUUCUGACAAUAAAAGUAUUUGUAUGAUUGGAGCUGCGAGACUCGUCCUCUAGUGCCAAUAUUGCGGUCAAUGAGAAAAGAAAAUAGACACGACAUUAGGAAUUAAUUGUAAUUGUAGGACUUCCUACUUCAUCUUUGGAAAAGCCAAAGCAAACUAAACAAAGCGCUCAAGAGGACUGUUUUUCAUGCAUAUGGAUACUAGUGAUCUGUCUCAAAAAUCUUUUGACGAUUCAAGUUUCCAUUUCUCCUCACAACCCAUGGAAGGAGGGCUUGUAACCUGUAAGCACUGCUUAGUCCAGAGCUACUUUUAACACAAACUGUGAUUGUAUAGUAAAGUCAUUUACAUUCAAUCUAUGCAUAGUAAGUCAGAGGAAUGUGAGAAAAUACUAAAAGAAUCAUUGCUGUGAGUACCAGAGCCUCGUCGGCAGGGGUAGGGGUGCUGAAGAGUACCGAAACUCGCUCAGCCAAGUCGAGAUGAACCAGACGCCCACAGGCAGGCACAUUUUGGGUCCACCCAUGACUUAUGCUCGAGUCCCAGAGAUGACCCUCUGUCUGUCAUGUCUGAGGGCAGCACAAGCUUUUUGGUUUUUUGUUUUUAUUUCCUCCCAAACAGCCUGCUGUAUUUCAGUGUUGGAUAUUUUUAAAAUUACUAUACUUGUAGUUCAACCUGAUAGAAACUAUUUAUUUUUUUGUACAAUUUUUUUUUGUGCGUGUUCCCGUUUAUAUGCAUGCUGUGACAGCAGUAAUAAACAUUUUGCCUUGUUGAAAUAAAUCACUGCUUCAAGGUA